GAGGAAGUAGUGUUAUUGUGAAGCUCUCCCAGAAGUAUUUACGUCAAGUAUAACGUGUGCGGUUAUAUAUACACGUAAAAAAAAAGAAAAGAAAGUUAAUUUUAAUCCCGAGUGGUUGGGCUGCUAGACAACGAAAAAUUAAAAAUAUUAACGAUACCGAUGGUAACGUAGGAUUUGAUGUUGGAGGGGAAGUGAGGACGUGAGCGCCACGUCACUGACGAGUGCAGGAAACAUCACACACUCACAACCCUGCCUGGAUUAGAUCACAAAUACAAACAAACCCCUCUGUUCCAGUGCUGACUGUUUCCCUUAAAACACUCGAAUAUAAAGCUGUGCCCUUCAAGAAAGCUAAAAUGACGUCAUCUAAUUUGGGUUUAAUAAUGAACGUGGUGAACAGCAUUGUGGGAGUCAGUGUGCUGACCAUGCCCUUCUGCUUCAAACAGUGUGGUAUAGUGUUAGGCGCACUGAUGCUUUUCUUCUGCUCGUGGAUGACCCAUCAGUCCUGCAUGUUUCUGGUCCAUGCAGCCUGCAACACCAAGCGCAGGACUUACGCUGGACUGGCUUUUCAUGCAUUUGGUAAACCAGGAAAGGCGCUUGUGGAGCUGAGUAUGAUAGGCUUAAUGCUUGGUACCUGUAUUGCAUUCUAUGUGGUCAUUGCAGACCUUGGAUCAAACUUCUUUGCCCAACUUUUAGGCCUCCAGGUAACAGGCAGUUUCCGUGUCCUGUUGCUCAUUGCUGUGUCACUGUUCAUUGUGCUGCCUCUGAGUCUGCAGAGGAACAUGAUGUCAUCUCUCCAGUCAUUUUCAGCCAUGGCACUGAUGUUCUACACACUCUUUAUGUUCACGAUAGUGUUCUCCUCUCUGCGUUACGGCAUUAUCAGUGGGUCAUGGGUGGAAAGAGUGCACCUGUGGCGCAUCAAAGGGGUCGUGCAAUGUCUGCCAAUUAUCGCCACUACCUUCUGCUGCCACCCGCAGGUGCUGCCUACCUACGAUAGCCUGGAUGAGCCCUCGGUCAAGAGAAUGAGCACCAUCUUCACUGCUUCUCUCAACGUUGUUACCACCUUUUACAUCACAGUGGGGUUCUUUGGCUAUGUAAGUUUCACAGACACCAUAGCUGGGAAUGUGCUGAUGAAUUUUCCCUCUAACCUUGUGACGGAGAUGAUCCGGGUGGGCUUCAUGAUGUCCGUGGCCGUGGGCUUCCCCAUGAUGAUCCUGCCCUGCAGGCAGGCCAUCAACACCAUGCUGUUUGAGCAGCAGCAGAAGGAUGGCACUUUUGCUGCCGGUGGGUACAUGCCGCCCCUUCGCUUCAAGUGCAUUACUCUGUGCAUUGUCUUCGGCACUAUGCUGGGAGGUAUCCUCAUCCCGAAUGUGGAGACUAUCCUAGGUCUGACUGGAGCCACUAUGGGUAGCCUGAUCUGCUUCAUUUGCCCUGCUCUCAUAUACAGGAAGAUCAUGAAGAAUGGCCUCACUGCUCAGCUGGUUCUGUGGGUUGGGCUUGGGAUUCUACUCUUGAGCACCUUCACCACUCUGUCCAUAUCCAAUGAGCCAGAUCAAGUACAGCCUCCUGCUAUCAUCCCUAAAACUAAUGACAAACCUCCUGUUGUUGCUGUGCCAGAGCUGCCCAAACAUCAUGCUGAAGAAACCCCAGCGGCUCCCAUGGCAGCAGGAAAGCCGGAUAAACCUAAGCCGGCUGUGGAGCAGAUCCUGCCUGUAGAGGAGGUGAAGGAGCCAGCUGAGCCACCACAGAUUAAAGUGCCCAUGGAAGUGCCUGAGAGGAAGAAGGAUGAGGAGGUUCAGCUGGACCGUCCUGGAGCAGACGUUGCAGUGCCUGAUGGAGAGGCUCACCGCCACGAGCCACCCAUCCCUCAUGAUGAAGUUCAGAUAGAGAAGCGCAAGAACCAGCAGGAGCUCGAUGAAGAAAAGAACCAAGGUGCCAGAAAUGAAGAGGAGGAGUUGGCAGAACAAGGGGCAGGCCAGCAACAGGAAGUGACUCAAGAUAAAUUGAAGAACGAGGCGGUGCUUAAAAAGCAGGAUGUUGCGAAGGUCCAUUUGGCCCAGGAUAUGGCCAAUGAGAUUCAUGAAAAGGUGGAAGAACAGAAGAAGCCAGAGGUGGUGGUGGUGCGUAAGGCUGUGGAACAGCCAUCUUUAGUGAAGAACCUGGAAGCUGAGAACAGAGUGCCUGCGGAUAAGAAAUCAGAGGAAAGUGAUAAAAAAGCAGCUGGACCUGAGUCUGUGAAACAUCCUGACCCAUUGGCCCAUUUGCCUGAGGUGCAUGAUGUCAGUCAAGAGCAUAAAGAAGAGAAAAAACAGGAUGGGAAGGACACCAAGGAAGGAGAUGGAGACAAAAUGGAAGAGGGAGUGCUGGACCAUGCCAUGCUACUGCAGGUGAUCAAAGAGCAGCAAGAACAACAGAAGAGGCUGCUGGACCAACAGGAGAAACUCCUGGCAGUCAUUGAGGAACAGCACAAAGAGAUCCAUCAGAAAAAGGACGAAGAGGAAGAACUGAAACCUGCAGGUGAUGCUGCAGCUGACAUGGGUGAAAUAGCGCAACAGCAGCAUGACGCAGCAGAUGGAGACAGGAAGGUGAAAGCCCCGGAACAGAGCUCAGACCACCACCAGGAACCUGAGAAGCUAGCACCUGUAGCUGAUGCUCAGAAGCAGCAAGGGAAAGAUCUGAAUCUCAACCCAGCACAAGAUGAACCUGUACAGGAGAAACAGCCUCUGCAAGUAGCAGUGCAUGUAGAUGGAGACUCGCAGAGAGACCUCGGGGCACGAGGGGUGCCAUUACGUAAGCAUCAGCCUGACCAUUCUAAAGAUAAGCAAAAUAGGCAAGGAGGCCUGGAAGAGCUUCAUUCAGAAGAUAUUGUCAAGGAGGAGGAGAGAGUAAGACAGAGGUUAGCCCAGCUGGAAGCUGAGAAAGAACGACUUGAGAAGGAAAGGUUGGAGAAGGAGAGGCUCGAGAUGGAAAGGUUGGAGAAGGAGAGGCUCGAGAUGGAAAGGUUGGAGAAGGAGAGACUUGAGGUGGAAAGGUUGGAGAAGGAGAGGCUGGAGAAAGAAAAACUGGAAGAAGAGAGGCUUGAGAAAGAGAGGCUGGAAGCAGAGAAGUUGAAACAAGAGAAGGAUGAGCUCGAUCAAGAAAUCGUGAAGCAAGCUGAGGAAGAGCAGAAAUUGAUAAAGCAGAAGGAAAAACUGGUCCAGCUGCAGCAGGUGAUUGACAAUCAGAAUGAGGUCAUUGCUAAAAAGCAGCAAGCACCUCCACCUCUGAAAAAAGGAGGUAGAGACUUGAAGGAGAAUUUGGCUCCUCAAGUAGAGGAGCCUCAGGAAGAAAAGAAGAGCAGAGAGAAGGGAGGGAUGGACCUGAGAAGGCGACGCAGGGCUCUGGGGGAUGAGGAGAGAGGAGUACAUGGAUUGGAAUCACUGCUGGAGCUCGGAGGGUCACAUCUCCAUGCAGCACUCGAGGCUCAGCUGCUGGUUGGAGCUGUGGUCCAUUCCCGCCAAAUUAAACAGACUACACACGAGCAAAACACAGAUGAGUAGUUUUUCAGCUAGCCUUAUGUUAAGUACAUGAACAUGUCACCACACACACACUUCAAUGGCUCAUACAUCUCAAGCUCAUAUGAACAUCAACUGUAACAAGUGUCUCGAGCACAAAAUCCACACUGAAGGGCAUGCUUAAUCCACCGCUAGACAACGAUGGGGUUUCCUCAUUUACUGCACUUCUAUAGCUUUCUAAGGACGCUUCACUCCCGAGAUCUGCCGUUCUUAGCAGUGUUUUCUUUUGCACUGUAAUCUAAAAGAAGUGGUUGGCUUUUUCUUCUGUAAUCUCUCAGCCACAUUGAACCUAACCUGCAAGAAGGCUGGGCUCAAUAUCAAACCAACCAUCAUAAAUAGGCAUGUUACAUAUUUCUGUUCGCUCUAUAUGUUAAGGAUUAAUGCCAGGGUGCCAGAUUUGUUCGACUGUAUUGGAAAUGUCAGUGAAAAUGGUGUAUUUUAACAUGCAUUUGUUAAAAUGCUGAAAAAUGAGUGGUAUCACAUUGAUUACUGCUGAUUUGUAUAUAUGUACAUGGUCAGUGUAUUUUCUACAUUCAUCCUAAAGGAUGCAGGGGUUCUGUUAAGAGUCUUUUGAAAUUUAUUUGCAGCAGAUACAUUUUGAGACAUGAAGCUGCCAAAGCUUCCAUAAACACCUUUAACAUCCUGAAAAUGAUACUGUUUUUCAUUUGAGUUAAAGCUGAGUGUUUUUCUACAUUGUUAAAUAACAAAGGUGUUAGUUGAAACUAGCCUUAAAGGAACAGUCCACCGUACUUCCAUAAUGAAAU